AUGGCUGAUGAGUUUGGCUCAGGCCCAACAAGAAGUUUAAGAAAGAGGGAAGGAAGGAUCACUAUACUUAUCCUGAUUGAAGAGAAUCAAGUCCAGAAGAAUUUCCGCCAGUUAGUACCCUUUUCUUCAAACUUUUUAAUCGAAUAUAAAGCAACUGAGUUACAAAUUCAUGCUUAUAUUAUGGAAAGGUUUAUAGUAUCCACCAUUGUUUUUCUGAUCUGCCUUCCUGGACUUGUAGGGAAUGGAAUAGUCAUUUACCUUCUUGGCUUUCACAUUAAGAGAAAUCCUUUCACCACCUACAUACUGAACCUCUCCAUUGCUGACUUUGGACUGCUAACAGUGGUAGUUGCACACAAUAUUUUUUUGAUUUUAAACUUGCUUGGUGAGAUUUCCUUUAUGAAAUAUCUAGAUGUUCUGCAUGAUUCCAUCUUUCUGUUCACAUUCUUGAUCAGCCAGUUCCUAUUGACAAUCAUCAGCAUUGAUAGGUGUGUCUGCCUCUUUUUCCCACUUUGGCAUCGAUGCCACCGGCCACCACAUUUGUCCACUAUUGUUUGUGUCAUCAUCUGGAUCCUCAGCUUCUUGAUAUCUUCUACAAAUGCCAUACUCAUUGUCACUAUUCAUUUUAAAUGGAUAAACACUGUCCAUUAUUUCUUGAAUGUUGCAAUUUUCAUGCCCAUCAUGUGUGUGUCCACUGUAGCCAUGUUCAUCAAAAUCUCCUCAAGACCACAACAAAAUAAGCGGGUGAGAUUGUUAAGAGCUAUUUUGUUGACACUUAUCUUCUUCUUGCUCUUCACUUUUCCAUUUAAUGUUAUUCAUAUUCUUUUCAUUUUUGAAAAAGUUGAACGCCAUUUCUUUACAUAUGCCUACCUAUGCGCCUCUCUAAACAGCACUAUUAACCCCAUGAUCUAUUAUUUGGUGGGAAGAGAUAAAAAAGGGGAAGCCAGCAAAAAAAUAAAUAUAGUACUUGAGAGACUUUUCAAAGAGGAGGAAGACUAUAGGAGAGAACAGGAAAACCUCAGCUGACUGCCCAGUUUGAUGCCAGAAACAGCCUUAAGCAUAAGUGAAAGCGAAUACUUCAGCCAAAAUAAAGAUAAUACACUGUCUUCAAGUAAACAUAAAACAGAAAUCUUCACAUCAGACAGCAAAUUAAAGUCUUUGAUGAUAACACACAGUGUUCAAACAAACAUAAAUCAGAAGUCUUCAAUAAGACAGCACAUAAAGUCUUGGAAAAACAAACAGGCUUACAAGUUGCAAACAAGAGCCUUUAGAGAUCAGACACUGGAACAAUGGCAGGGUGCUGAUAACAGGAACUCCUCCGAAAAUAGGUCAAUUGCAGCCAGCACUGAGCCUCUGACUUUGCUGCUAAUUUAUAGCCAUUGAUGUGCAGGCACAACUGUACCAGGAGCUCCAAUUUUGUUUGCUUUGCAUUGAAUGUUUGUUUGUAGUCCUAAGUUUCAAGGACUCUGCAGAUAGGUGGCUUCUUUUGGCUGCAAUCAUAGGGGAAGCCACCUGUCAGUUAUCGUUAGGUUCCCUGGUCCCGCCCCCUUUUGGGGUUUUUUAGGGUAUAGG